AUGGAUAUUGACGAUAUCCUGAGAGAAGUCGAUCCCACUUCUAGCGGGGUGCCCAACGAGACGAGCGACCUGCAAUCCCUGACGCGUCUCUGGGUUGCCGAACGCUCUGCUCCCGAGCUCCUGGAGUGGCCUUCUGGUGGUUUGUUUGAACGCAUCAAUGACAGGAUCAAGGCGCAGAUCGAGAAGAUUGAGAUCUUGACGGGUGACAUGGACCCCAAGACCAACUUCGCCCUGAUCGUCAUCCAAACAGAGCUUGAGAGAUAUAAAUUUCUCGUGAGGAGCUAUUUAAGGGCCAGGAUAGCCAAAAUCGACAAGCACACACUUCACUAUCUAUCCAGCGAGGAGCUCAGAAAUAGGCUGUCAGAGACAGAGCUCGCCUACGCAACAAGGCACCAGGCCCUCCUCCACAACCACUAUCUCUCCUCUUUUCUAUCCUCCUUCCCCACGCAGCUGCAGAACCUAAACGACACCGCGGGAAAUGUCAGCAUGAUUGACUCCCCCGAUCUGGAUGCUGCUGUCUUCAUACGCAUGCUUCGUGACCGGCCGGUGACUGGCCAAGGCACGGAUGCGGAUAUCACAUUGAACGCAAGCAACGGCGAGGUGUUGAUUCUUCGGUGGUCAAGUGCCAAAUCCAUCGUCGAGGACGGUGAUGCUGAGCUGGUUUAG